AAUCAUCAGUUGUGAACACUGAUUGAGACGGAGACCCCUUCUUUCACCCUCUCUUUCUCUCUCUCCUUCUCUACGCGAUCUCUUUCACUUACUUUUAAUUGCGAAUAUUUUCACCACAAAUCACUUCAAAAUCCUUCUCUGUUUGUUGCAUUUUGAGUCACGGAGUCCUUUGGGGUUCUCUCUCUCUCGCGCCGAGCUCCGAACGCUUCAGGGAAUUUCCUCACUCAGAUUUGAGCUGAAAAUUGCGCAGUGAGUUCACUUCAAAUUCAGAGCUGAUUAAUUGAAGUGCUUGUUUUUAACAAUGGAUUGAUAGUGCAUCUUGGGAUCCUGGAAAUUAUGGUGGAAUUAGAGAGAGGGAAUGUGAAAGUUUGAGUUUUUGUUCUUUUUUUCUCUCUGGGUAUGUGGGGGAAUCUGGGUAUGGAGACACACAAAAAAAGUUAUCAUCAUGGAUAGGUUUUUUGCAAUAAUAGUUCAAUAACUGACUCCUGUCUCUAAUUCUGAAGUUAUUGCUUUUGCAAUUUGUGAUUCUCCCACUUUUAAAGGUUAAUGGCUGCGUCAUGGCUUUUGUAAUUCUGUCUACUGAUGUGAAAUGAUAGAUUUUUGGAACUAUUACUGGGAUCCUUUUAAGAAACUUGCUUGCCACAUCUUAAUUUAUAAAAUACAAAUAUGCUUACAUGGUGGGGGAAAUCAUCAUCAAAAAAAACCAAGAAGAAAGCAAAUAAGGAAAGUUUUUUUGACACACUGCACCGAAAACUCAGAAUUUCAUCUGAAGGUAAAGUAAACAUUAGAUCUGGAGGAUCUCGUAGGCAUUACAAUGACACAAUUUCAGAGAAGGGGGAUCAUUCUCCAUCUGGAUCAAGAUCGCCUUCACCUUCCAAAGUGGCAAGGUGUCAAAGUUUUAUUGAUAGGCCUCAUGCUCAGCCACUUCCACUUCCUGGUCUGCACCCUUCAAGUGUAGGCCGAGUAGAUUCCGAAAUUAGCAUAUCAUCAAAAUCAAGAUUGGAAAAAGUCUCCAAGCCAUCAUUGUUUCUUCCACUUCCAACACCUGGAUGCAUACGUUGUAGGCCGAACCCUGCAGAUUUGGAUGGAGAUAUGGUCACUCCUUCAGUCUUUAGUGAUUGCUCUGCUGACAGUGAUGAGCCGGCAGACUCACACAAUCGUAGUCCUCUAGCAACUGACUGUGAGACUGGGACUAGAACUGCUGCUGGCAGUCCUUCCAGCUCGAUGCUCAAGGAUCAACCACCUACUGUUUCCCUACUGAAUUCAACAGGAGUAAAGAAACCAGGAAAUAUUCUAAGUAAUCAUAUGUCUUCUACUUCACCAAAACAUAGGCCUUUACGCAACCAUGUUCCAAAUCUUCAGGUUCCUCCUCAUGGUGCCUUCUAUAGUACUCCUGAUAGUUCCUUGUCAAGUCCAUCAAGAAGUCCAUUGAGAGCAUUUGGCACAGAUCAGGUGUUGAAUUCUGCUUUUUUGGCUGGAAAGCCAUAUCCAGAGGUCAAUUUUGUUGGGUCUGGGCAUUGCUCUAGUCCAGGUUCAGGUCACAAUUCUGGGUAUAAUUCAAUGGGAGGGGACAUGUCAGGACCGUUACUUUGGCAACCAAGCAGGGGUAGCCCUGAGUAUUCUCCAGUACCUAGUCCCAGAAUGACUAGCCCUGGUCCAAGCUCUAGAAUUCAGAGUGGAGCAGUCACACCUAUUCAUCCCAAAGCCGGGGGAACACCCACAGAAUCACAGACUCAUCGUUUGCCUCUUCCUCCUUUGUCAGUUUCUAAUUCCUCACCGUUCUCUCAUUCAAAUUCUGCAGCAACAUCUCCAUCUAUGCCAAGAAGUCCAGCUAGAGCAGAUAAUCCAAGCUCUGGCUCACGUUGGAAGAAAGGGAAGCUGCUUGGCAGCGGCUCAUUUGGACAUGUCUAUCUUGGUUUCAAUAGUGAAAGUGGCGAAAUGUGUGCAGUGAAGGAGGUUACCCUGUUUUCAGAUGAUCCCAAGUCUAUGGAAAGUGCUAAGCAAUUUAUGCAGGAAAUUCAUUUAUUAAGCCGUUUACAGCAUCCAAAUAUCGUCCAGUAUUAUGGUUCUGAAACAGUUGAUGACAAGCUUUACAUAUACCUUGAAUAUGUAUCUGGAGGCUCCAUACAUAAACUUCUUCAAGAAUAUGGGCAAUUUGGUGAACUAGUUAUUCGUAGUUAUACUCAACAGAUUUUGUCAGGGCUUGCUUAUUUGCAUGCUAAAAAUACUCUCCAUAGGGAUAUCAAAGGAGCAAAUAUACUGGUAGAUCCAACUGGUCGGGUCAAGUUGGCAGACUUUGGCAUGGCAAAACAUAUAACAGGGCAAUCGUGUCUAUUGUCAUUCAAGGGAACCCCUUACUGGAUGGCUCCUGAGGUUAUAAAGAACUCUAAUGGAUGCAACCUUGCAGUGGAUAUAUGGAGUCUUGGAUGCACGGUUUUGGAAAUGGCUACUACCAAACCUCCUUGGUUUCAGUAUGAAGCGGUUGCUGCCAUGUUCAAGAUUGGUAAUAGCAAGGAACUCCCAACAAUCCCUGAUCAUCUCUCAAAUGAAGGAAAAGAUUUUGUUAGGAAAUGUCUUCAGCGUAACCCGUAUGAUCGCCCUUCAGCCUGUGAAUUGUUGGACCACCCUUUUGUAAAAAAUGCUGCACCUUUGGAAAGACCUAUUCUGGCUCCUGAAGUGUUGGACCCUGUUUCUGGGAUCAUACAGGGAGCAAAAGCUCUGGCCGCUGGACAAGGAAAGAAUCUUUCUAGCUUGGAUUCAGAUAGACUUUCUAUUCAUUCUUCUAGAUUUUUGAAAACUAAUCCUCGUGAAAGUGAAAUCCAUAUUCCAAGGAAUAUAUCUUGCCCUGUUUCUCCCAUUGGAAGCCCACUUUUGAGGUCAAGAUCACCACAGCACAGGAAUGGGAAAAUGUCUCCUCCUAUAUCUAGCCCUCGGACUGCUUCUGGGGCGUCCACCCCUCUUGCUGGUGGCAGUGGUGCCAUUCCAUUUGGUAAUCACUCUAAACAGCCAAUUUACUUUCAAGAGGGUUUUGGAAGCAUUCCCAAGUCCUCAAAUGGUGUCUACAUUAAUGGCCAUUCUCAUCACGACUCGAGUGUUGACAUUUUUCGAGGAAUGCAAAUAGGAUCUCACAUUCAACCAGAAUUGGUUUCCAGUGAAAAUGAUGUUUUGGUUAAUCAGUUUGCAAGGCAUCCUCAUGCAGAGCCAUAUGAUUUUCAGUCAGUCUUGGCAGAUCGUGUUGGCCGGCAGCUGCUGAGGGAACAUGUUAAGAUUAACCCAUCCAUUGAUCUCAGUCCCAACUCGUCUUUGCUUAGCCGGCCAAACGGUUUAUGACAUCAAGAUUUUUCCUUAAGUUUCUCAUAGUACCUUUGGUUAUGCAGAUCUGUUCAUUGUUCUAUUUGCAAGAAUAUAACUAUACAAUAAGGAGCCAAAGCACAAGAGAAUCGAUGUAAAUAAAUUUGCAUCUGAGAAUAGGCUACAUGGGGCACAAAAGUGCAUUUUGCAUGGCUUCUGCUCGGGCUUAUGGAGUUCAUUAAUGUCUCAGCAUUAAACUUUCUGACAAUUUGUUCAUAUCAAGCAAUCAACUAACAAAUGCUCACUUGUUCGAAAAGAGGAACUUGUUGUAUGUAACAUAUUUAAAGCAUCAACGCAUGAGGGGUUUCUCUCCUGCACUUAAGAUACUAGAAAUGACAGUUCGUGCAAUGGCAAAUGCAUCUUCUGGAAUCAGAACACCAUAUAGAUGCCAGAGAAAGGGCUAAAUUGAUACAAAACUUAACUUGCAUAUUUUUCUUUUUUGGGAGGUUAGACAUUGCUGUACAGUAGAUGGGAAACUGUUUUGUGAUUCUGCAUUUACGAAUGGGGAAGUCAAGGUUUUGUAGAGAGUCCAUGCAUGGUUUUUGGGCUCUGAUGUAUUGUUGUCAGUGUAUACUCUACUACUGGGUCUGUUCUGUACAUUAUUAUUCAACAGUAAAAUGGAAGAAAUCUGAUCUUAUGAUCCUCAUUAGAUUAUA